GGAAGCAUUUGCAUACUUGUGGAGAUACACAACCCCAGUGUACUUGACACUAGCUAUCAGAUACCUAGCACCACUGUACUAUUUGCAAUGGAGCUUUUUUUUUUUAAAGGGAAAUGGUUCAAUUAUGUUUUCCUUAGCAAUUUAAAAAGAAGGAAAAAAAAACAAGCAGAUAAUCAUAUAAGAAUCCUAGUUGAAGUUGAAGAUGAAGAUGCUGAAGAUGAAGUUGAAGGUGGAUGAGCUCUUAGGGAUAAUGUAGUUCAAAGCUUUCAUUUUACAGGUGAGAAAACAGAGGUUCAGGUCACACAGACAGUAAAUACCAGCUGAAAUGAAGAUUAAGGUCUCUUGGCUUCACGCCCCGUGCUUUAGUCUCCCAUGUAUCUUUGUAUCCUUCCCGAUGCCCAGAAUCAAGGUCAAAAAGGCAGUGUCAAAGGAAGUAGAAAGAACCCCACUGGAGUUCCCUGUUUUGCCACUCACAACUCUUUCCAAAAGGUUCCACGUGUCGAGGGCAAGUACAGUAGGUUUCCUCUGAGCCAAACAGAAACCUCAGAAUCUUGCACACUCUGUCCGGGCUUUGGGGGCUGGGCUGGAGAAGGAAGUACUGUAUUACCAGGGGAAACACACAAGCUCCCGAAAUCAGCUCCUCCUCUGAGGAUCAGCAUAUGGCUUGCUGAAUUUGACUCCAAAGGAGGACUUUAGAAAUGUUCUGCGCACGGAAAGACACUGGCCAAAAGAAGACCCCAGACAAGAAAGAUCCAAGACGAUUGUCAUUUCAGAGACCUAAAGGGACUGUUGAAUAUACUGUUGGACCAAGGGAUUCUUUGAAUAGUAUUGCUCUGUCAUAUGAUACUACACCCAAUGAGCUGGUUCAGUUAAAUAAGCUGUUUUCCCGAGCAGUUGUAACUGGACAGGUUUUAUAUGUUCCUGAUCCUAAUUUUGAGUCUAGUAUUGAGAGUUCCCCAACUCUUAGUCCUGUAAGCCCUAUGUCACCAAGUAUAUCAGAACCUGAAUUUGAUAAGCCAACAAAUCCAGGUGCCCAGCAGAAAGAGGCAUCUUUACCUGCUGUUUUUACUGAUACUUGCCCAGCAAGAAUUGUAUCUUCAACUUCUGAGGAAGAAGAAGCAUUUACUGAAAAAUUUCUUAAAAUCAAUUGCAAGUACAUUACCCAUGGCAAGGGUACAGUCAGUGGUGUGUUGCUUGUGACACCAAAUAAUAUAAUGUUUGAUCCACAUAAAACUGACAUAUUGGUCCAAGAAUGUGGCUGUGAAGAAUAUGGCAUCAUGUGUCCAAUGGAAGAGGUGAUGUCAGCUGCACUGUACAGAGAAAUUUUGGAUGCCAAAAUACAGGAAUUCUUACCAAUAGAGGUAGAUCAAUUGUCAGUAAGGGGCCUCAGCUUUUUAAAGAAAAUGACAAGAAGUAAUACUGAUGACCUAGACUCAAGGAUUCGGGAUACAGGGAAUGACAGCGCCAGCACUGCACCUAGGAGCACUGAGGAGUCUCUCUCUGAAGAUGUAUUCACAGAAUCAGAACUCUCCCCAAUACAAGAAGAGUUCAUUUCUUUAGAUGAGCUACAUCAAAAAAAAUCUUCUGAUGCAUCAUCAGAAUCUGGCCAAACUGUGCAAGCUGGUGUAAAACGUGUAACAGUCAUUCCAGAUUCUUCUGUUACUUCUGAUAACUUAAAAGGCAAUAUUACACAGUCUGCCCAUGGUAUGGGGACUCUAGGUCAUAAAACAAAUUUAGACAGUCCAGAAGUAGUAGAUCCAGUUACAAACGUCCCUCAACAGUCUUUACAAGAAACACAAAGCCAAGAGGAAAAUAGCAUGAGGGUCAAAAUAAACACAAAUUCAUCACAAGGAUCAGAAGAUAAGAAAGCAAACAAGCAUUUUGCAGAAGUCUUAGAAUCUCAAAAGAAUGAAACUGUGAACAAAGGGGAACCAGGAGAGGAAAAAAUUCAGGACUUUCAGAUAGAGGUGGAAGAGCUACGUAAACUCUGGAAAAGCCACACAAUGGAACAAACCAAACAACAAAGGGAAAAUAUUCAGCAGGUGUCUCAAAAAGAAAGUAAACACAAAAUAGCAACUGCAGAUGGACAUAUAGAAGGAUCUGGUUUUUUAAAAGAAAAGAAAAAACAUCGAUUGUAUAAAUUCUUAUGUCUUAGAGUUGGAAAACCAAUGAGAAAAACAUUUGUAUCUCAAGCAAGUGCCACAAUGCAACAAUAUGCACAAAGAGAUAAGAAACAUGAAUAUUGGUUUGCAGUGCCUCAGGAAAGGACAAAUCACUUAUAUGCAUUCUUCAUUCACUGGAGUCCAGAAACAUAUAUAGAAGAUACUGGUGAAUUUACUAGAGAACCAGGAUUUAUAGUAGUAAAGAAAAUGGAAGAUUCUGAAACUACUGAUGAUUCUACAAGUGAAGAAACACUCAAAGAGUGGGAGAUUGCUACAAAAGAAUCAGUUGGUCCAAAAUAUGUUACUCCUUUAAAAUUAGACCUGGAGUCUGAAGCAUUUCGUCCAGUCCUCAGUGAUCCAAGUGAAUUGUUACAACCGGAUCAAAUUGAAAAGCUCUCUAAACAUCUUCCACCACGAACCAUUGGCUAUCCUUGGACUCUUGUCUACGGUACUGUGAAACAUGGUACAAGUUUGAAGACUCUGUAUCGAACAAUGGUGGGUUUGGACACACCAGUUCUGAUGGUGAUUAAAGACAAUGAUAACCAGGUUUUUGGUGCACUGGCAUCAGAACCACUUAAAGUGAGUGAUGGCUUUUAUGGUACUGGAGAGACUUUUGUUUUUACUUUCUCUCCAGAAUUUGAGAUCUUUAAAUGGACUGGAGAUAAUAUGUUUUUUAUCAAAGGAGAUAUGGAUUGCCUAGCUUUUGGUGGAGGAGGGGGAGAAUUUGCACUUUGGCUUGAUGGAGAUCUCUACCAUGGUAGAAGUCAUUCUUGUAAAACAUUUGGGAACCGUACGCUUUCUAAAAAAGAAGAUUUCUUUAUUCGGAACAUUGAAAUAUGGGCUUUUGAAUAACUCCGUUCUUAACCAGGAUGAUGCCCCAAACCUGACAUGGACAAGCAUAGUUUGGAAAGUUCACAAAGCAAUAUAAUGUAGCAUGUCACUAACUAUUUUAGAUGAGUUUGUGUCACCACUUAUUGCAAGUAUAAUUUUGAAGGGGCUUUUUUUAAAAUCAUGUUUCUACCCUUGAGUUCUUAAGGUAUAAUACUUAUCUAGUGCCACGUAGUAUAAAUAGCUUGUAGUUUAACUGCAAUUUAACAAAGGAGUAGAUACUCCAUCUGAAAUCAGCAUCAUCACAAUCUCUCUGGUGUUAGUGCUGCUAUGUUGAACUUCCGCCUAGUUAAUUUUAAAAAUUAAAUUUAUAUUGAUUCUUUUCGGAAUAGCAUAUGUGGGGCAUAGUUUGAGAGUAUAAAUAAUGAUAGCCUACAGUACUACUGAGGUCGAGUGACCAACUUGCAUUGUAGAACCAAUACAUAAGAAACUAUAUGCCAAAUUAAAGGAUAAUUUCUAAUUUUAGUUCACUUGAGUAUAACAGCACCAUUUAUUUAUUUAGCUCAUUCUCAAUUCCAUUUUAGAAAAAGGGAAAGCAAUGCUGAUUUGUAUUAGGCCAGACUGCACAUGAGCUGCAGGUUUGGGGAAAUAACACUAUUGGACUUUGUUAAAGAUUUAUAAAACUGCAAAGGAGUAUAAGAACUUAAUGAUUCUAUUUGGGUUAAUAUAUUAAGCAAGAAAAUAUAGUAUUAACUUAUUUGUAGUUUAGCAGGGCAUUAUCAGAAGUACAAAGACUAUGAAACACAUGCAUAUUUCUUCAGCAUAAAAUAUCAGAUAUACUAUUUUAUGGUUUUGUUGUUUUAGCCUUGUUGCAUUUCAGAUCCAAAAACAUAGUUUAUUCUUGUCCAAAAAAGAAAAAAAGUAAUUAAAAAAAGUGAAUAUAUGUUGUAAAUUACAGUUUAGCACCAGCGCUAAUAAAAUGGGUCAUAUGUAGACAAUAUUGUAACUCAGUAGAUUCGUGGAAUAUGCAAAUUUACUGUUGUGACUCAAAAAAAAAUGGCAGACUAGAAUAUACCAGUAGUUCUUGUCCUCUUUUGUAGGAAAAUCAGUAAUAAACCAUUGUGGCAAUAAUAACUCAUCAAAACAGUUCAUUUCAAAGCUUCUAUUCUAUGUUAUGCAAAAAAAAAAAAGCAAAAUCUGCUGUUAUACGUGUGACAGUGACUUUGUGCUGAAACUUCAGCUAUUCCUGAUGAACAUUGUAUAUUAUCUUGUAAAUUAAUGUUUACCAGUAGUUUUGUUCUUCUAGAAAGUGUUGAUUGACAGGUUGCUUAUAGCACUUUAAGUUAUUCUAAAAAUGGAAUAAAAGCCAGAUGUGUUGGCUUAAGUAGAUGUAGUUGUAUAGCACUUCAGUAUAUUUAGUUCUUUUGAAAGUUAAAUAUUUAACUGAAGACAACUUAGGGUAAUGAAAAGGAGCAGAUGCUCUCAUAAUAUGCUAUUGCUGAACAUGAAUGGAAAUACAGGACGUCAUUUCCUUAAUUGUCUAUGUAAAUCUCUUAAUACUUGUUAGAAUUUAGUAUAUAGAUUACAUGUUUAAAAUAUAUAAAGAACUGUAAAUAAAUACUACCUUUUUCUCCUUUGGUCUUCCA